AUGGAAAAUACAACUGAGCUGCCAGCUGGCGGCGGCAUCUCUGCUUGGCUUGGGAAUAACCUCCCAUUUACUGUUGACUCUUCUUUUCUGAAGCUGCUUUAUGUCGAUGUUAUGGAGCAAGUGCACAUUCACGGAGGAGCAGCAAUGCGGACAAUUGCUGUCGCGUUUGUGUUUUGGCAUGUAUGGGGAUGCAUUUACAACUUGUAUUUUCACCCUUGCGCCAAGUACCCUGGCCCGUUGCUGUUCCGGAUGAGCAUUCUACCCAAUCUUUACUACUCGUGGAAAGGAGUGAAGCAUCUCAAAGCCGAUGAGAUGCAUAAGAGAUAUGGUCCAGUCGUGCGGUUGGAGCCGGGGUUCCUGUCAUUCAUCACGCCGAAUGCAGUGCAGACCAUUUAUUCAACUGGGUCGCAGUUUCAAAAGGGCACAUUUUAUUCGCGAGGCCCUCAGGAUAAACAAGUGCUCACCAACAUGUCCACCGCCAUUGACAAGCAGGUUCAUGCUCGAAAGCGCCGAAUAAUGUCGCACGCAUUUAGCGAAGCAGCCAUGAGAUCGUACGAGGCCACUGAGCUGGACAAGAUCCGGCUGUUCUGCUCCAAGCUCACCGACCCAACUACUUUUGGGGGCGAAUACAAGAAUAUGUCGAGAUGGAACUCGUACUUGACAUAUGAUAUUAUGGGAAAGCUCACUUUUAGCCAUAAUUACGACAUGCUCACAAAAGAUGACCACCACUUCAUCCAGCCGAUUAUUGACACGUUCCAGCACAGCCAGGUCGUCCUGGGCGUUGUGCCCUGGGUGGAACGCUGGGGUCUCGCUCCAUUGCUGUUCGUCAACAUCCUGUCUGCGGUAAGGAGAUUCCGAAACUACGUGGAUGACCAGGUAAAACACAGAAUCUCCGAGGAAAAAGCCGGAAGAGGAAGCAAGGACAUUUUUGGUCUGCUUCUUGCCCACGAAGACAAACAGACGGGAGAGAAGAUGGGCUUCCAAGAGCUCUCUGAUGAAGCCGUCAUUCUCAUUAUCGCUGCCAGCGACACCACAGGGACCGCCCUUUCUGGCCUCUCCUUCUACCUCGCGCGCUACCCAGAAUGUUACAUCAAACUGAAACAAGAGAUUCGCUCUACGUUUUCCGACGUGGAAGAAAUUGUCCACGGACCAAAGCUGCAGGGAUGCAAGUACCUCCGCGCCUGCGUCGAAGAGGCUCUCCGUAUGUCGCCCGGCGUGCCGGGAUACCUCGUGCGAGAGUCACCGCGCGACGGCACAAUCGACGGCCACCUGGUGCCCGCCGGCACGCAGAUUGGAGUCCCCGGUUGGACCAUGCACCGCGACCCGGACGUGUUCCCCGACCCGCAGGUCUUCAAGCCGGAGCGCUGGCUGACGAGCUCGGCGGCCGAGCUGGCGCGCAUGCGGGCCGUCCACUUCCCCUUUAGCUUCGGGCCCCGAUCGUGCAUCGGCAAGAACCUGGCCUACAACACCAUCUACUUGACCGUGGCCCGCCUCGCGUUCUUGUUUGAGAUGGAAUCGCGGGAGCCCCUGCCGCUCGAGUUUCACGUCAAGGAUCAUUUCGCGGCGGGGGAGAAGAAUGGGCCGUUUUUGAAGUUUACACACCGAGAGGACCAGAGGGUUUGA